CUUCUUAUUUUUUCCCUUUUUCUCUUUGUCAGUUUCCCAUGAAACCUGUUUGCUCGACCAAGUCUUCGAGCUGAUCAUGAAUGACAAACCCCCCAACAGCAACAGCCUGUUUCUGAAGGAGGACAAACCACAUCAUCCUGAGAAGGACCUUCAUUGGUUACACAGAGCGAUGCAGAAUCGAAUAUUUGGAGCUAAAGUUAACAUUUGUCCCAUUAAUGGAGGCGUCAUCAGGACGUUCCUUUACCGCAACACCUUUUUGCUCUUUACAAUGGCAGCAUUUGUAUUAGGAAUCAUUUUGGGAUUUGCUCUGCGACCUUAUAACUUGUCCUUGAGGGAAAUAAAGUAUUUCUCUUUCCCGGGUGAAUUACUGAUGAGGAUGCUACAGAUGACGGUCCUACCACUUAUCGUGUCCAGUCUUGUUACAGGUAUUUCAUCUUUAGACAGUAAAGCAUCUGGAAAGAUGGGAGUCCGGGCUAUCAUUUACUACAUCGUGACUACUUUCAUCGCCGUCUUUAUCGGUAUUGGACUGGUGAUUAUAAUAAAGCCUGGAAUGGGUAAAAGGGACAGUGCAGUGAUCAUUAGUACAAGGGCUGAUUCGGUGACAGCUACUGAUGCCUUUCUGGAUCUUGUCAGGAAUAUGAUACCAUCAAAUUUAGUGGAGGCCUGCUUUAAACAGUACAAAACUCUAAACAGAAAAAUGGUUUUCACCAGAAACAUGACUCUUACGAUCAAUGCAAGUGACAUUAGCAACAGCACAGAGUCCAGCCGAAUGGGAAAUCUUAGCACAGCCCUUCAGACCAUUCAGGAGACAGUGGAGGAGAUGAUUCCAGAACCAAGCUCAGCUAGUGGAGUAAAUGCUCUGGGUCUAGUGGUCUUCUCCAUGUGCUUUGGUUUAAUGAUUGGAAAUAUGAAGCAGCAGGGCCAGCCUCUGCGGGAUUUCUUUGACUGCCUUAACCAGGCUGUAAUGCGCUUGGUUUCAGUCAUCAUGUGGUAUGCACCGGUUGGGAUCCUCUUUCUGAUUGCUGGGAAGAUUGUUGAGAUGAAGGACCUAUCACAGGUUGGAGGGCAGCUCGGAAUGUACACAGUCUGUGUCAUCAUUGGUUUAAUCAUCCACAGCCUUCUUGCUUUGCCUCUACUGUUUUUAAUCGUUACACGUAGGAACCCCUACACCUUUAUCAGUGGUCUGCUGCAGGCCUUGAUUACUGCCUUGGGGACAUCGUCCAGUUCAGCCUCCCUUCCCAUCACCUUUCGCUGCUUAGAAGAGAACAACCAUGUGGACAAACGUGUGACGCGUUUCGUGCUGCCUGUGGGGGCCACCAUAAACAUGGAUGGUACAGCUCUCUACGAAGCAGUGGCUGCCAUCUUUAUAGCCCAAGUCAAUGAUCUGGACCUGAACUUUGGGCAGAUCCUUACUAUCAGUAUUACAGCAACAGCUGCUAGCAUUGGAGCAGCAGCCAUCCCUCAGGCUGGUUUGGUAACCAUGGUGAUUGUAUUGACAUCCGUGGGACUGCCCACCGAAGACAUAUCACUUAUCAUUGCCGUGGACUGGUUCCUAGAUCGUCUCAGAACCGUCACCAAUGUGCUGGGAGACUCACUGGGAGCUGGCAUCGUGGAACAUCUGUCACAACAGGAUCUACAAAACCUGGACGGUGGCAUCAGCAACUCUGGGAAUGAAGUGAAUGAAAAGCCGUACCAGCUAAUUUGCCAGGAAGAAGAUCUCCUCAGACACAGAAACAGUGAAACAUCAAUCUAAUCAACAGCAGUGAUUUGAUUUGAUUUAACAUAUGUUUAUUAUUUAUUAGAAACAUGUUUGCUAUUGACACCUAAAAGGCUUAAUGUUAUAACAUGAGAUACUGUAGUUCCAGAGCCACCAGGACCCUAACCAGGAUAAAGCUGUUACGAUGAUUAAAAAGAGAUUAAAACUGUUUUAAUUAUGUGGAACUUGAAGUGGUUGGCAUAAUCUAAUCAACAGCAAUGAUUUAUUAUUAAUAGAAACAUUUUGUGCUAGUGACAUCUAAGAUGUGUUCUGUUAUGAGAUACUCUAAGAAUCAGAAUUACAUCUUGUAACAACAUUAAUGUAUCAAUGUAAUAAUAUUCAAAAUACACUAGGAGGAGAAAAAAAAUAUGUAUUUUUUUUUAUUUAUAAUUGACAUGAAUUUGUAUUUCAGUUAAUAAUGCUACUGCAAUUAGCAGUAUACAUAUAAUGCUAUUUUAUUUAAGGUCAGUCAGCCAGCAGAGAUCAUAGCUGCACCAGUUAUGAGGAACCCAGUUCAUGUAGCUUCCCAGCCCAGCCGGAUGGCAAAGCAGAGAUUUGAAAUCCCAGCUCUGGUGUGCAACCGGGUUUCACCGCUAUGCCACUUGAGCGGCCAUAUUUAUAACAUUUUAAAAAAUGCAUAUUUUAUUUAUGUGACAUGAUUUGCAUAAUGUUCUAUGCUUUUUCCAGCAAUAGUUCAAAUGAAGUUAUUACUUUUAAGUGCUAGUGGGUUAUAAGUGUUUUAAAGUGAAGUGUGCUGUAAUCACAAGGUUAUAUCAAACACAGUCUUGGACAAUUUAGUGUCUCCAAUUCACCUCACUUGCAUGUCUUUGGACUGUGGGAAGGUGGACACAGAAAGGACCCGGACCACCCCACAUGGGGAUCAAACCUAGGACCUUCUUGCUGUGAGGUGAAAGUUAGCCACUUAGCCACCGUGCUGCCCAAUUAGGGUGUGUUAAAUAAAGUUUAGCACAUUAAGAAUGAAGCAUACUAAACUCACAUAAUGAAUAACUUAAGUGUUAUGUUUAUUUUGUUUAUUAUUUUAUGAUAUUUACACACAACAGCAUACAUAAUUUACAUCAGUGUGUUGUGACUGUUAUAGAAAGUAUUAAAAUGUUAGUAAAAUUGCAGCUAUAUUAAAAGUUGUGGCUAUAUUAUAAAAA